AUGUCGACACACUAUGAGAUUCUGGGUGUACAGCAAGACGCUACCCACGCAGACAUCAAAAAGGCAUACCGUUGCAUCAUGAUCAGGCAUCAUCCUGAUAAGAACCUGAACAUUCCAGAAAAUGACAAGGUCAAAAACGAGACGAUCACCAAGAACGCCAAUCGUGCCUGGGAGGUUCUUGGGGAUUCACAACGACGUAGAGAGUAUGAUGAGACGGAGCUGCGUCUAGCCAAACGUCAGAAGCGCGACGACUACAACCCUUACAACACAGCCUCAGGUUACGACUAUUCACGUUACAACCCCGACUCCGACCCCGACUCCGACUUCGGCUCCGAGCAGUAUGCACCUCAACCGCCGCGUCCACCAUCCCCACCACGAAAACAUCCACGAACACUACAGGUCCUUUCACACGAUUGGGCCAUGCCCAUCAUGGUCGAAGGUGACUAUGGGCCUUACGAGUGAGGGCCGGGCGCAGUGUACUGUGAAGAGAACCGGAUCUUUAUCUACAUGAAGGUACGCAAGGCUGAACACUUCAACCCCUAC